AUGGCGGGCGUCUCCUCGUCACUCCUGCUGCAACUGCGAAGCUGCCCGUAUCCGAAACACCUUAAAGGCCUGCAACUGAACGGGUUAAUCACGGUCACCAGCUUGGCUCCAGCCUCUGACACCAGGAUUCCCAUUGAAGACCAGAACAUAGAUGAGAGAAUUUUCUGUGAGACUUUAUUCAAUCACUUCAGAAAACAUAAGGUGGAGAUUUCAAAUGCAAUAAAUAAAACAUUUCCUUUCCUUGAGGGCCUCCGAGACCGUGGCUUCAUCACCGAGAAAUUGUUUCAAGAUUCUGAAGAGUCUUGUAGAAACCUGGUCCCUGUGAAAAAAGUAGUGUACGGUGUUCUCAAUGAACUGGAGAAGACAUUUAACCUGUCACUUCUGGAAGCGAUGUUCAGUGAGGUUAACAUGAAGGAGUACCCUGACUUAAUUCACCUUUACAGAAGCUUUGAAAGAGUGAUCAAAGAGAGAUUUUGUUUCCAAGAAAGAGAGGAAGAAGAGAGGCCUAGUAUACAACCGAGGCUUGAGGAAGGAACUGGCGAAAACUCUCAUCGAAGUCUGUCCUGGUCACACGCAGCUUCUGCAUCUCAUAUUGGUACAGCCCCACCUGCAAAUGGACUCUCAGAAGAUCUCUGUGACACAGAACAGAUCAAUGCAAAGACGAAAGAUCUAACCAGUGAUAAAAAUGAUUCACCAGGAAGCCAACAAGCCAACAAAACAUGUACCCAAGAGUCUGAGGCAGCAGGAUCCUCUGAACAAGCAGCUUUCCAAGUAAAUAACGGAGAUGCAAGACCAGAGAUGCCCAGCCCGUUGCCCUGUGAUGAAGACAGUAGGGCAGAGCUACCCACACGUGGAAUCCAAAUUGAUUCCUGUACUGUGCCUCUUGUGGAUAUAAAGAAGGAAAAGCCAUUUGAUUACUCAGGAGCCGAAACGAUGGUAAGACACAGUGACUCUUCAGAAUCCAGUGGGGAGGAAGAGCGUCUGGAAGCCUUGCCCUCAGGAUUCGAAAGUGGGCCUGAUGAGGAAGGCAUCAGCAGUGAUGACUCCCUCGAGUUGAGUAAUGAGGAAGAGCCCCAGGAAGCCUUGAGCUUGGUACCAAGAAGUGGGUCAGGACCUGGAAUUGAGAAGUAUUCCUGUGUCCCAUGUCCCUCAAAAGGUGGGCCAAGGGGCCAGGAAGCAAAGGCUGGGAGGAACCAAGCCUUUGACAUGACAGUUAAGGCUACUCACAGAUUGGCCAUGAGCCCCACUUUUGCCCAGAAGAAGGCUGCUGCGGAGGAAAACUGCAGCAAGCAAACAGUGGCCAACUUGCCUGGAAAAAAGACAGUCAACCUUGGACCUUUGAAAAGAAGGCGAAAAAGAGGCCCAAGAAUUCCCAGAGACAAAAGUAUGGAUUUUCUGUCUCCUGAACUUACUGUGACCUGUGGUCAGAUGAAGGGGAUUCUAUAUAAGGAGAAGCUGAAACAAGGGACCUCAGAGAAGUGCAUACAGACUGAAGACGGAAAGUGGUUCACCGGCAGGGAAUUCGAGAUUGAAGGCGGACGCGAGAGAUGGAAGAACUGGAAGUUGAGCGUGCGCUGCGGCGGAUGGCCCCUGCAGCGCCUGAUGAAGAAUGGAUCUCUACCAGUCCCGCCACGAACAAGACAAAGGAGAAGACUGGACUCCCCCAAGGACGUCAUUGACCCUUAUCCGGAAAACUCAAAUGAAUGUGCGGUGUGCCGGGAUGGAGGAGACCUGUUCUGCUGUGACGCUUGUUCAAGAUCCUUUCAUGAGCACUGUCACAUCCCGCCUGUGGAAGCUGAGAGGGAUCCAUGGAGUUGCAUCUUCUGCGAGAUAAAGGCUGUUCAGGCAAGGUGCCUGGAAAGCCAACCGAGUCAUCAGGAAUCUGAGAUUCUAAAGAGGCAGAUGCUGCCUGAGGAAAAGCUGAAAUGUGAGUUCCUCCUUGUGAAGGUCUAUUGCUGUUCAAAAAGACUCUUUCUUGAUAGAGAACUAUAUUAUAGUAGACAGAGUUGCCAGGGCCAGAGGGAACCCACGUGGUUGGACAAAAUCAAGAAGAGGCUGAAGGAGGAGCAUUACCACCGAGUAGAAGAGUUUGUGCAAGACGUGCGCCUCACCUUUCACAACGACAGGACAUAUUACAGGGACCAUGAAUCCGUCAGGCUGGGACUUCAACUAGAGGCCGACUUUGAGAAGAAUUUCAAACUUCUUUUUGCCAUUCAGUAA